UUGGAAGGUACUCCGAGCCCAGUAAAGAAACCAGAUGUCGCUAGCGAAAAAGUAGAACCUACACAAAAAAGCAGUAGCGUUCGCAGCAUCAAUGAUGCCGAAGCUAUGGAGAAAGAAAGCACUGGUGAAAUUUUUCGGCAGACCCUCAUACCAUUCCUCGUUGGAGGAUUUGGUUCCACUCUAUGCGGGCUACUUGUCAAUCGCAUUCAGAAAACAGAACUUGUCUGUAAUGUUCCUCAUAUGAUCGCCAUUUUUGUGCCUUUGCAAGGUAUGAAAGGUAAUUUGGACAUGACAUUCACAUCUCGAUUAGGUACCAUGGUAAGGAAUGCUGUUUUUCUAGUCUUUCGUUUGUUUCCCAUAAAAAAUGUGGCAAAGUUUCGCCGCCUAACCGAAAUAUCGCUUUACCUAGGCUCAUCAAGGGCGUCUACAAAGUCCGGGAUAUAUGAAGCGAAUACUCAUAAACUUAGCUCUAUUACAGGUAAGUCACCUUGUAAUCACCCUUUUCCGAUAAAAGUGAGAGCGGAUUUGCAGGGGCAAGGCAUUUUCAUUAGCCUCUUCGCAGUGCUAAUGUCUUUUGUGUUGGCAAGUUUAUAUGAAGAGGGCAAGAGUCAUCCACCAGUCGACGACUACCUUUUCCUAGGAGCAAACUCUCUAUUCUCUAUUUGUAUUGCGAAUGCGACUUCAGCAGUCGGUGAUUUUUCAAAAACUAUUCAAAUUAAAAGCGAGCAGCGAAGCGAUCCUUCUUUGCCAAAAAAGGUUCGCGCCGAUGCUAGUAGUUUGGUCAAAAAAGUUCUGUUAAGCUUGGCAAGAGGUACUGCGACUGCUUGA